ACUUGUCAUCAUCAAAGCUUCUCCUCUCUUCCUCUCAAUCCUCUCCUCCCACACGCCAAAUUGAUUUUUUUUUUUCAGACAGACCCCUUCUCUCAUUCUUUAUCUGUCUCCUCUAUUCUCGUUUAGGUCAAUAACAGACUCCGAACCGUUUUUAUCCAUUUCCGGAUCAUAAUCUUACCCAAAAAAACCCUAAUUUUCUAUCUAUUUCCCCCCUGAAAUCAUCUCGUUGAGAAUUCAAUUCAAUUCAAUUCGUUGAAUGGAGCUUCUUCGAUUUGGAGAAAAGGGUCUCUUCAGCUCACCUCCCCGGAGAAAAAAAUGGCUGCUUUUGAUCGCGAUCUCCGGCGUCGCCGUCUCUGGCUACGGAGCUUACAAGGUCUACCAUCUCCCCUCCGUCACCAGAAAGAGGCAACGCCUCGCGAAGAUCCUCGGAGCUUUCCUCUCCGUAGCGGAGCUAAUCUCCGAAUCAGCCGAGACCAUGACCAUCGUGUCGCGCGACCUGAAGGAGUUUCUCACCUCCGACUCCGACGAGAUUCCAAACAGCUUCAGACAGAUCGCGAAGAUCGCGAAUUCGAGAGAGUUUACAGAUUCGCUCUCUAGGGUCUCUCGGGCCGUCACGAUCGGUGUCUCUCGUGGUUACAAGUCCGAGUCUUGUGUUGAUUCGUCGUCGGAGGGAUCGAGUGUUAUCGAUAAGGUUUUCUCCAAAGCUGGUUCUGGUUUCUUCUCUGUUGUUGUCGGUAGCUUCGCUAAGAAUCUCGUUCUCGGGUUUCGCGCCAAGGAGGUUGGUGAUUCUUCUUCCGAGGAGCCUCCUCAGUGGUUGAGUUUGCUUUGUGAUGAUAAGUGUAGAGUUCUUUUAGCUGAGUGCAUCGAGAGGUUCACCAGCACUGCCGUGGCUGUGUAUUUGGAUAAGACGAUGGAUAUCAACGCGUUUGAUCAGAUCUUCGAAGGCAUGACGAAUCCUAAGCAUCAGGAUAGCGUCAAAGACGUUCUUGUUUCGGUAUGUAACAGUGCGAUCGAAACUGUCGUCAGGACGUCUCAUGAAGUCUUUACUACGCCAAAGUCUAGUGCCGCAGUGAUACAGGAGGUCGAAGAAGAAGAAGAGAGUAACGGUGGUGGUUGGACUGAUGCUAUCUCGACUACAUUGGCGGUUCCGAGUAACAGGAGGUUUAUGUUCGAUGUAACGGGGAGAGUGACACUAGAAACGACGAGAUCGUUUAUCGGAUUCUUGAUGAUGAAGACGCUGCAAGGGUUUAGAAGAAGCUUUGAUGUGGUUCAGGAAGGGGUUACAGAGAGAGGACGCCAAGUAGUUGGGUAUGUUGGAGCUAAGGCUUCUGUUAUAGUCACGGUGUGGCUUGCUUUGUACUUGCAUAUCAUAAACAGAUGUGCAAGGAACUCUCCCAUAGGCGUAAGCCAGCACUUUUAGCACCUACUUCAGAUGAAGGGACGGAUCGUUUUGUUAAAACUAUUGGUUAGGUACACACGAUUUAACAGCUUCCUUGUUAUAUUUUUUCAUGGUUGGAGCUGAAAACAUUUUAUAUACAUUGUGUCUGUAUGCGUAUGUGUAUGUGCACAAACUGAUUCUUAUUACUGUAUUAUAUAAUACUAAGAAGGUUUUUAGAACA